AUGCUUGUAGAAAAGUCAUGUAUAGUGGGUCUCAACUUCAGUCCAGACGAUGGUAACUGCGUUUGGCCCAGCCAGUACGCUUGCCCUACGCCCACCACUACAACCUCUACCACGGCGCCGUAUACAGGGACAGGUAGCACCACUCCAGGAGUCACGUCGACCACAACAUGCACACAUGGCAAUAAGUACGUGCAUUCGUCUGGAGAUUGUAACCGAUAUCUUUCUUGUGCGAACGGCAUACUUUUAGAACAGUCCUGCUUGACAGGCCUGUUUUUCAGUCCAGAUGAUAAUAGCUGCGUUUGGCCAAGCGAUUACACUUGCCCCACCACCACUGCUACAACCACAACCACGGCGCCAUACAAAGGGACAGCUACUCCAACUACCCCAGGAGUCAGGUCAACAACAACAUGCACAAAUGGACAGAACUACGUACAUCCGUCCGGAGACUGUACCAUAUACCUUACAUGCUCGAACGGUAUGCUUGUAGAAACGUCUUGUACAGCGGGUCUCAACUUUAGUCCAAUUGAUGGUAACUGCGUUUGGGCCAAUCAGUACGCUUGUCCUACGACCACCCCAACAACCUCAACCAUGGCGCCGUAUACAGGGCCAGGGACGUCUUCUACCCCAGCAGUCACGUCGACAACAACAUGCAACCAUGGACAGAGCUACGUGCAUCCGUCCGGAGACUGCACCCGCUAUCUUACAUGUUCGAACGGUAUACUAUUAGACGACUCAUGUACAGAAGGCCUCAAUUACAGUCCAGAUGAAAAUUACUGCGUUUGGCCCAGCCAGUACGCUUGUCCUACGACCACCAGUUCAACCACUAAAGCGAUUUCGUAUACAGAAACAGGUACCACAACAACCGCUUCCACGGCUCCGUAUACAUGGACAGACACCGUGCCAACCACUACAACCACUACCACAGCACCGUAUACAGGGACAGGUAGCACCACUCCUCGGACAGUUACUCCUACUACACCAGGAGUCACGUCCACAACGACAUGCACACGCGACGGACAGAACUACGUGCAUCCGCAGGCACCACAAGGCAGGCACCACCAUGAAGGCACCACCAUGCAGGCACCACCAGGCGGGCACCACCAUGCAGGCACCACCAGGCGGGCACCACCAUGCAGGCACCACCAGCCGGGCACCACCAUGCAGGCACCACCAGGCGGGCACCACCAGCCGGGCACCACCAUGCAGGCACCACUAGGCAGGCACCACCAUGCAGGCACCACCAGGCGGGCACCACCCCUACAGCAUUACAUUACUGGGGACCGUCUGUCCAAUGUUCAUAUGUUCAACUUAAAUGUGAUGGCUGUUGAAAUUCAGUCUUUACACAUUUUUCACGAUAUUAUGAAAAAUUGA